GCCCCGCGCCCGCCAUUGGCGCGUUCGAAGUCGGGCGGCGGCGGCAGCGCCAUGGCGGCGGAGCGGCUGCGGAGCGCGCUCGGCGGGUGGCGGCUGCCGGAGCUGGCCCCAGUGUGGGUGGACACGGUGUGGGAUCUGGACUUCACGGAGACCGAGCCUCUGGACGCCUGGCUAGCGGAGGAGAUCACGGCCGAUGGGCUGGACGCCUUCACCCGCCUGUACCGCGCUCUGGCGCCCUUCGCUGCCGGGGACCAGGAGAGCACAGAGAAUGUCUGGACCUUGUUUGCUGAGAACAGCCUGUCCCACCAGGCCCUGGUGGCCGUGCUGCAUCACUUUGUGCACGUGGGCCAGCACAAAAGAGCCAACAGGCAGCAGAGGGUGUUUGCUCUGCACUCAGCUGGGCUCUACCUGCUGCUGCUGGAGAUCCCAGGCAGCAUAGCCAACCAGGUGUUCCACCAGGUGAUGUUUGAUAAAUGUCUUCACACACUGACAAAAUGCUGGCCUCAAGAGAUGAAGAAAAGGAAGAAGGCACACGCUCAAAGCUCUCAGCCCAAUGCCAGAAGGAACAGGAAGAAAGGGAAAUCAUGCAGCAACGACAGCUCCAGUAUGGAAGAGAUGUUGGAAGAGGAGAAGGAAGAGGAUGAUGAGAAUGUUUACUUCUCAACAGAAGAUCUUCUCCAAGUCCGCAAUGCCAUCUUCCUCCUCUUAAAAAACUUCCUGAGGCUUCUGCCCAAGUUCUCCCUAAAAGAAAAGCCUCAGUGCAUGCAGAACUGUGUGCAGGUCUUUGUUGAGAUGACCAGCUUUGAGCCAGUGCUCCACGAGUUCAAGUUUUCAGCAGCCAUGGAUGUUAAUAAAGCCAAGUACAUUCCUGAGCUGGCCUAUUAUGGACUUCACUUACUGUGCUCCCCUCUCCACAGCACAGAAGAUAAGCUUGAGUCAGAUCUCCUGACCUUGGAGUGCCCAUCCAUGGAAAAGAGCCUGGCAGUAACCCCUCCUUUGCAGACCCUUCGGUGCGUGUUCCAGCGCCUGCUCGGCGUCGUUCUGAUGGUGCAGAGCAGCGGGGGCUCCCGGCGUGAGGCCCUUCCCAUCACAUCUGCUGUGACCAGCGCCAGGAACCAGGCUGUGAGAUUCAUCAGUUCUCUGGUAGAUGAGCUGAAAGAAGCUGUUUAUCCUGUUCUGCGAAUCUUGCUCCAACAUAUCUGUACCAAGGUCCCAGACAAGGCUGAUUAUCGCACCUAUGCUGCCCAGGCCCUGGUGACCCUGCUGGACAAACUCCCCUCUGCAGAGUUCGCUGAAUUCAUCGCUUGGCUUUAUAAAUACUCACUCAGCAAAGUUUCCUACAGAGUGUUUGCUCUUGAUGUAGCCUUGGCUUUGUUGGAGCUGCCAGAGAGGAGCCCAGACAGCUCCUUGUCCCAGGAUCAUCAGAGUUUGCUAAAGCACAAGUUCUUAGUGCAGGUCAUGGUGUUUGGCCGGUGCUCAGACAAAGCCCCCGUGGUCCGCAGCAAAGCUCUCAGCAGCUUCGCCUGUUGUCUGGAAAUGAAAGCUGCUGCUGCCCUGGAGAGCAUUCAGGACUUACUACAGAGCUCCUCUGUCCGCACAGUGUUGGAAGCAAACACAAACACUGCCAGCGUGACAGUCAGUACAGAAGGUAUAGAGUCAUUCUUUUCCACUGGGUCCAACCAACCACUGAGGACCUUACCAACUUUCAGAACUAUUGAGUUGAGUGACAGCAGUGACACUGCUGGGCCUGAUGGAAAAGAAAUCAUGGCCAUGCUGAGAGUGAGAGCUGGAGAUGAGAAAACCAACGUGAGGAAAUCUGCUCUGCAGGUGCUGGUGAGCCUCCUGAAGCAGGGGGUGGUGCCCUGCACGGGCGAGGAGCUGGGCGUGCUGCGCGAGCGCUGCCGGGACCCCGCCGUGUCCGUGCGGAAGCAGGCGCUGCUCUCCAUCACCGAGCUGCUCCUGUCUCAGCAGAGCAAUGUCCUGGUGCAGAAGGCCUGGUUGGACGGGGUGGUGCCUGUGGUGAUGGAUGCAGAAAGCUCUGUCCAAGAAAAGGCCUUGGAUUGCCUUGAUCAGCUCUUGCUGCAGCACAUAAAACCUUACCAUAAAUCCAGGAGUGAUGAUGGGAGGCAGGAGCUGGCGUGGGAUCUGCUCUCCCUGCUGUCUUCAGAAAGCCAGGAGCUCAGCCGUUACCUGAGCAAAGCCUUCUUUAUGUGGUCCAAGCAGAAGAAGUUCACCUCCACUUUCAUCAAUAAUGUCAUGUCUCAUGUGGAGACAGAGCAUUCCAGGGCAGCUUGGAUGCUGCUUGCCAAGGUGGCUGGCUCUUCCCCCAAGCUGGAUUAUUCCAAGAUCAUUGAUUCCUGGGACAGUGUCAGCAGGCAGCAGAGCACGAGCAGUGACACCGUGGGACAUGUCCUGUGUGUCAUUGGGCACGUGGCAAAGCACCUCCCCAAGAGCAGCUGCGAGGGGCUGAAGGAGAACAUCCAGAGCUGGCUGAAGGAGUCUCAGUGUCCCCUGGAGGUGAUCAGCCCAGCUGUGGAGACCCUGCAGAAGCUCUGCCAGGCCUCUGUAGCUGCACCAGAGGAGACACAGGAGCUGCUCAACCAGGUGUGUGGAGAUUUGGUAUCCACCUGUGAGAGCUACAUCUCCAGUAUAGUCCUCAAAGAGGAUGGAGCAGGGCAGCUGCAGGAAGAUCUCUUGGUGAGACACCUCUUCCUGCUGGGUGAGGCUGCCCAGCUGUGCCCAGCCAAGGUGGACAAACACAUCUUCCUUUUGGUUCAGUCCAUCCUGGCCUCUUCUGGCAGCAAGGACCAAGUGUCUGCUUGCACAGACAGCGAGGAGAUGGCCAGCUCCCAGCCACUGUCCCAGUUCAGGGGCUCAGCCAUGCCUCCCGUGGUCAGGGCUCACGCACUCAUCACUUUAGGGAAGCUGUGCCUGCAGCACGAGGAGCUGGCCAAGAAGUGCAUCGCGGCGCUGGCGCGGGAGCUGGAGGUGUCUCCGGACGUGGCCGUGCGCAACAACGCGGCGCUGGUGCUGUGCGACCUGUGCGUGCGCUACACCUCGCUGGGGGACAGAUACAUCCCCAACAUCUCCCUGUGCCUGCGCGACCCGCACCCCUUCAUCCGCAGGCAGACCCUCAUCCUGCUCACCAACCUGCUGCAGGAGGAGUUUGUGAAAUGGAAGGACUGUCUCUUCUUUCGGUUUGUCAGUGUCUUGGUGGAUCCAGACCCAGAUAUUGCCAGGUUUGCAGAGUUCUGCCUGGUGCAUCUCUUGCUGAAGAGGAACCCCGUGAUGUUCUCCCAGCACUUCAUCGAGUGCAUCUUCCAUUUCAACAGCUACGAGAAGCAUCAGAAGUACAACAGGUUCCCCCAGAGCCUGCGGGCGAAGCAGCUCUUCUCUCUGAAGGGGAAGGAAAACAGGGAGAAGAGGAUGAGGAUCUAUACCUUCCUGCUGGACCAUUUCACAGAUGAGCAGAGGUUCAGCAUCACCACCAAGAUCAGCCACAGCAUCCUAGCUUGCUUUGUGGAUGAGGUCCUUCCUUUGGACCUGGAAGGCAGUGAGCUGCUCUCAGAUACAUUUGCAGUCCUCAGCUGCAAAGAAAUCAAGCUCUCAAGUAUGAGGUCCAAACCUGAGGAAGACGUUCAGGCUGAUGAAGAUGAGAUGGCCAUGGCCAAUGCUGUCAUGCAGGUGGCCCAGAAAAAGCUCAUCUCACAGGUUCAAAAGAAGAAUUUCAUCGAAAACAUCAUCCCAAUAAUCACAUCACUCAAGUCCCUGAUGGAGCAGAAGAGGAUCCCAGCUCUUAAGGACCUGAUGAACUGCCUGCGGGAAAUGAUGCAAGAUUACCGAAACGAAAUCAAAGACUUCUUUGCUGUGGACAAGCAGCUGGCAGCCGAGCUGGAGUAUGACAUGAAGAAAUAUGAAGAGCAGCUGGCCAGGGAGAAGGAGGCAGAGCAAGAGCAGCUCUCAGCAGCCCACAGAGAGCAGGCUCCAUCUCUGGAGAGAGCUGCAACUCCUGGUGGCCAGAACAAUCCUGGGGCUCCGUCUCCUGGGGGUGGGAGGCCAUCCACGCCUGGCUCCAUCCCUCCCCCCGGCUCUUCUGAGUUUGCCACCCCUCGUGCUGAGGCGCUGAAGCAGCCACGGGUGGGUCGCAGGGCCGCCUCCCUGAGCACGCUGGCCAUCCUGAACUCGGCCAGGAAGGCGCUGCAGGAGCGCAGCCAGCAGCGCAGCAGGAGCAGUGCAGGCAGGAGCCGUGCAGCGUCCUGCGAGGCAGCGGGCACAGCUGGCAGCCAGCAAGGCUCCUUCCAAAGCCUGAACCAACAGUCCAGCGGAGGAAACAUGGCUGUGGUGGGCAGAGCAGUCAGCACCCCGGAGGAGACCAUUAAUGAGUUGACUUUCGGUGCUGGGGUCAGUUACAUCAGCCUGAUGCACACACCCCGUUCAGCUCCAGUGAAGAAAGAUGCUGAGGAUGGGCCAAGGGAUAUCAUCUGUUUGACGUCGCCGGAGAAACCCCCCAGCCGGCCUCGGGAGUGGAAGGUGGAGUCCCCAGCCAGGAGGAGCAGCCAGCCCCUGCGACGGUCACAGCGCAGAACCCCCCUGAGGGCAGACACCUGAGCCUGCCCCGGGCUGCUGCACAGAGCCACCAGGCUGCCUGGAGCUGCCCAGCCCUCUGGGAUCAGAAAUGGGUGUGGAUGCACAUCCUGCUUUAUCUGCUCUGAGCUGGCUUUCCCCAGAGCUGUCUGGAGAUGGGCAGAGCCUGCAUAGCUCGUUGUAAGUGCUGCUCUUCACAGAGCUCAGAGCUGCAGGGUAUAAAACAAGGGGGCUUUGCACUCUCAGGAUGUGUAAUUUGUCCAUUUGGAAAAGUAAGGGCAUAACGUCGCCACAAGCCUGGCAAUAAAUGCAUUUAUCACAGCUUGCAGGGCAGUGAGUGGCUGGGUUUACUCACCCAAUCCCUCAUUGUCCCUCUUGGUUAUAUAAUAGAGUUGCUUUAAUUUGAAAAAAGGUGAAACAGCUUGUCACUGCCACACCCCUAAAUCUGGUAAUUGCACGCUACAUCACCUCUUAUUUGUUGUGCAAACUCCUGUGUGUAUGAACAGCCUUAAUGUUCUUUUUAUAUGGAAUAUUUCCAUUCCUGAACUGUGUUAUUUCCAACUAUUAGCAUUUGAUGAAAAUAAAUGGUUGCAGAAUUAAUUCCA